AUGGACAUCUUCUAUGCUUCUCUUCUCUCUGUUUUUGUUCUUGUUGUUUCAUUCUACCUUCAUUUUCUCCUAUACAAGUAUAAACCAACCGAAGACGGAAAAGUACUUCCCCCAGGUAGAACUGGGUGGCCCAUAAUCGGAGAAAGUAUUGAGUUUCUUGCCACCGGAUGGAAAGGUUGUCCAGAAAAGUUCAUAUUUGAUCGCAUGUCAAAGUUUUCUUCUGUAGUGUUUCGAACGUCUCUCAUGUUGGAAGAUGCUGCGGUUUUCUGUGGGGCCCAAGGUAACAAAUUCUUGUUCAUGAAUGAGAACAAGCUCGUACAGGGAUGGUGGCCUGCUUCGGUGGACAAAAUCUUUCCAUCUUCCGACAAGACCUCCAAGAUAGAAGCCAUUAAGAUGAGAAAGAUGCUUCCAAACUUUUUCAAACCCGAAGCAUUGCAUCGUUAUGUGCCUAUUAUGGAUGUCGUGACACAACAACACUUUGCCAAUGGAUGGGAAGGAAAGGAUGAAAUUGUGACGUAUGAACUCACCAAAAACUUCACUUUUUGGCUCGCAUGCAAGAUUUUUGUUAGUAUUGAUGACCCUGAACGUGUACGAUACCUUUCUACUCCAUUUGCGAGCAUCGCUUCGGGGAUUUUGUCAAUCCCUAUUGACCUUCCGGGGACAACGUUCAGAAGAGGAAUCAAUGCUGCCAACUUCAUACGAAAAGAACUCUUAGCCAUCGUGAAGCAAAGGAAGAUUGAUUUGGCUGAAGGGAAAGCAACACCAACACAAGAUAUAUUGUCACACAUGCUUCUGACUAACGAUGAAGAUGGAAAGUUCAUGGCGGAAUAUGAUAUAGCUGACAAGAUCUUAGGGUUGUUGAUCGGUGGCCAUGAUACUGCAAGCUCAGCUUGUGCAUUUAUCGUUAAGUAUCUUGCGGAGUUGCCUGAGAUUUAUGAUGGAGUCUACAAAGAACAAUCUGAGAUAGCAAAAUCGAAAGCACCUGGGGAGCUGUUGAACUGGGAUGAUCUAUCAAAGAUGAAGUACUCAUGGAACGUUGCAUGUGAAGUUAUGAGGUUAGCCCCACCGCUACAAGGAGCUUUCAGAGAAGCCAUUACCGACUUUAAUUACAACGGCUAUUCUAUCCCCAAGGGAUGGAAGUUGUACUGGAGUGCAAAUUCAACGCACAAAAACCCUGAGUGCUUCCCAGAACCCCAGAAAUUUGAUCCAUCAAGAUUCGAAGGCAGUGGACCGGCGCCUUACACAUUUGUGCCAUUUGGAGGAGGACCACGCAUGUGUCCUGGAAAAGAGUAUGCUCGACUAGAAAUACUUGUGUUCAUGCAUCAUCUCGUAACAAAGUUUAAGUGGGAGAAAAUGAUUCCUGAUGAGCAGAUUGUUGUCAACCCAAUGCCUAGUCCAGCCAAAGGUCUACCUAUUCGUCUUUACCCUCAUAAAGCUUGA